AUGACAGGCAUCUGGGAAAGGGUAUUCCAGAAGGAAAUUAUUUUCGGCGCCAGGAGCGGUGCAGAUUUUGUCGUGGCAGCCUAUGAGGGUGCGGGUGUUUUGGGGCAGAUUGAGGACCUUGGAGGAGGGGCAGCGAAGCGCUAUUGGCAGGGUGCUGCGUCCUGGAUUUUGAUGUGCAUGUCGUUUCAAUCCGCUGAGGUGGAGUCGCAUAUUCAACUAUGGGUUUGCUCGGAUCUUGAGCGGGUUGUCUCGUUUAUCGAGGGUUAA